UUCCGAGAGAAGCACUUCGGAUACAUGAAAGGGGUGUACCCACGGUACCUCACCGAUCAGGUCACGGGUGCGUUCCAUCGGGUUGGCGUCAAUUACAAGAUCACGUUCAACAGUGAAACCGUGGCGGCCGACUUCCAGGAUCAGUUCAACAGAGCGGGUCACAUGUGGACAGACCCGCGCGACCACACUAAGCAUCCGCUUCGAGCUCGAGGCGACCUACCAAUUUAUGUUAGAACCAGGCGCCGCGCAUUCUCUGUCAUUUACACGGAGGUCAAGGAUUUGCUGGCUUCCCCGCCGAGAUGGAACCCCACGUUCAGGCUUGUAGUGAAUGGAUACAAAGGAGUAUUGCAG